GUCGCCGCGGUGGCCGCGGAGAGCAGUCAGCGGCCGGCGUGCGGCCGGGUGGGUUCGGCGGGCACCACGUGAGCCGGCGCGGCGCGGAGACUGCCGUUGGAGCCGGGUGAGAGACGACAGGCAGCUGCGGGCCACCGGGCGCCCGCCGGUACUGGAGAAGAGGAGACAGCAGAUGAGCCAUGGCGCCUCAUUUGUGGCGCUCGUUUCUCCUUCUCUGCACGCUGACCGGACUGCGACGAGCUUCCGCUCAACAGUUCAUAUCCGAUAACCUUCUGACGUCUAACGGCGAAGAGUCGGUGUGUCUGAGUCGCUCCGGGGGCUACUACGCCGACCUGGCCGACGACUGCAGCUCGUACACACUGUGCGCUCCCGGAGGACGCCAGUUCGACUUCUCCUGUCCGCCCGGGACCCGGUUCCACCAGCAGUUCCUGGUCUGCGAUCACGAGUUCCGAGUGGACUGUGCAGAAUCGCCGCGCUACUACGCGCUCAACGAGCUGAUUGGCCGGGAGGAGCAGGGAGCAGAGUCGACGAAGCAGGAGACACGCACCACUCCGACCAAAUCUUCUCAGUCGCAGUUUGCGGUCUCGAGAGCGCCGCUGGAGCCGCUGGUGUCACCACAGAGGUCACUCAACCCCGCCUCCAGUAACCCCGCUCCGCGCCGGUCACCGUUUACCCGUCCCCAGUCGCAGCGGCCGACCGUCUCCCGGGCGGCGACUCCCUCCCAGCGGGCACCCGUUCGAGCACUCCCAGUGGCGGAGGUGGGACAAACUCUGCUGGAUCUGGUGCAGAUCUCAACACGCGAGUCCAGGCAGCGACCGGCGGCGGAUGGAAGCCCUCGGCGUCCCGGAGCGGUCGGAGUCGAGCCCCGCAGCCGUCAGUCGCCAGUGUCACCUGCAGUGCCCGCUCUGCUAACACAGGUGGCAGCACUGGGUCGUACGGCGGCCCAACCCAAGGCGGCGCCACGGAGCAGGCCCUCGGUGGUACCCCAGGUGGCGCCACAGGUCAGGCCAGGCCUCACCCAGGAGGCCCCGCUGCGCCGGCCAGCCGCCAGACGACAGCAGGCGCCCAACUUCCGAGGGACAUUCUUCCCGGCUCGGCCGGAGCUGCCGCGACAGGAGCCCCGACAGGGGCUUAGCCGGUUCGAACGACUCAACAAGAGCCUCCCCAGCCCUCCAGCUGGCAAUAAACCAUCUCGGCCGCGAGGGGUCGGAAGGAAGGUGCGGUUUCCGGCUCGGAAGGUACGCCCAGAGCCGCCGCCGCCGCCGCGCCCGCCCGCCGGCCGGCGUCAGAGUGUGCGGGCGGUCGGCGGAGGCUGGAGGCCAGCGCUGCGGAGUGUGCCCGGCACCGACCCCCGCUGCCCCCGCUGUCUGGCGGCGCUCAUCACACGGUGGGACAGCUGCUUCCCGUGCGUCUCUGUGCUGAGAUGAACAGGUAAAGCUCUGUUCACACCGAAACGGUGAUCCUGUGUAAACUUUGAGCAGGUGAAGCUCUGUUCACACCGAAACGGUGAACCGUAGUAAACUUUGAGACGGUGAAGCUCUGCCGACCCAGAGACGAUGUCGAUGAAACCGUGUUUAGAUAAAGUCAGUGAAGAAAUUCUUCGCUCAGUAAGAUCGGUGUAGAACUGUUCGUCACAGACGACACAUUGUUCCGAAGUCGCAUGAAGCUCGAUGUGUAGGUCAGUUGAGAUCCAUUCAUGUAUGUGAGUGAAGCUCUGAUUGUACUGAGUCGGCGACGCUGCAUAUUCGUCGACGUAAUGGUCAUAUCGUAUGGUCAUAUCAUAAAGGAUCUUCAUCUUACUCAGAGACAAAGCACACAAAGAUGGUACGAAGAGGAAUACUACUGAUGCUGCAGGCAUCACAAGAAUAUCACAUGAAGUUUACGAGGAGCGACUUAAAACUAAAAAUAACCUAAAAUAAGAAAUUCGUUUUCUUCGUAACUUCGCCACUAGAUUUUUGCCUCCUUGAACGAGGGUUACGAGACCUCUGUCAAAUGCUAUCAGUAUCCAAUAGACAGAUUCAAAGGAAGAAGAACUGACUUCUAAGAAUGG